GCAUUUCUCCGUGUUAUGGUUUGGUAUCAUAAUCAUUGUGUACUUUGUUAUUGUUUUUGAUUAAACAUUUGUGCAGCACUCAUCUGUGUCACUUUACUCACAUUUGGGUGUUAUGGAGAUUAUACAGCGUUCUUUCCAGCCUUUCUCUUUUCCUUUUGCAAUUUUUUUGGUACUCUACAGAUCAUAAGGCAUUUCUUUUUCGGCGCUUGGAAUCAAUAUUGUUCUUUUUUUCUUAAUCUAACUAUAACCAAUGAUUUGUAGGGCACUGCUGAGACGUGGCCUUUACAAUAAUGUUUGUUUGCAAGGUCACAAUUGUCAUUGCAAAAUAACAUGUUUUAUGAGAAUGUGGACAAUUGUUCUACAGUGUUUAGUGCCAUCAUUUCUUAAUUGCAAUAAACAGUUUGUUUUAUGAAAUAUUAUUUCCUGCAUCAAUUGCUAUUUUCAUCCCUUCAUUUUAAAAUAUUUGAAGCUGAAUCCCUUGAUUAUUACAGCCAAAGUUUUGAUACAGUUUAUAUGGACUCCUCAAUGUGAUGUUAUAGCCUUUUUUUUUCUUUUAGUCCAACAAAAAACCCCUCAAUGGAAGAUCUCCCUUGUAUUCCGGGUCUUUGGAUUCAUCAAUGGGACAAGAGUUGGAGCUGGAUCUUGAUGACAAGUCUUCAGUGGGUUUGAGUCCCAAUACUGUUCUUCCACCUCAUCAAUACUGUGUGAAUGUGAAGAAGAGAUCUAAAAAGGGAAAACCCACUGGGAAAGAUGAUUUUUUUACUCUCAAGGAGGGCUUUGCUGGGAUCAAAUUUGCUCGCUUCCGCAGUUCUUCAUGUAAGAGCCAUCUCUCUAGACCUCAUGAAUUGGAAGGUAAUACAGAAACCAGGCGCAGUUCCAUGUAUCAGAGUUCAGAGGAAGUGAAAAGUAUAAAAAAAAUGGGCACCAUGGUAGAGGGAAGGAGAAAAAUAGAAAUUUCAAGGAGGAGUGACACCUCUUUCGUAGGUAGCAUUGUUGAUUCUUUAUGUGGUUCAGAUGAUGAAGGUUCUGGGCUGAGAUCUUCAGAGAUAUCCAGGUCCAGGACUUGCAAGGCGCCAGACUCUCCAAAUAGCUUUAUUGAAAUCUGUAUAAAUUCAGAUGUUAAAAAUAAGAACUCUGCCACAGUACAAGGGAGAGAAUCUAUAAAUUUGAAGUCCAGAAGUGACAAAGUUUCUGAUUCUGUAAUCAAUGGCAAUUAUCAUGUUGAAAAGGACAUGGUCCACUGGCUGCAAAAGUCACUCUCAGCUAAGGCAGGGAUCUCUCGCAUGCCAUCUCCAUUAGGAAGUGAUUGCUCAUCGAGAUCAAGUCCAAAAGUCCAAGUCACCCAUUGCAGGAAAAGGUUGAAUCAUUUCACAAAGUCAAAAUCAUUGAGAAGUCCAGUGAGUAAGAUACAGGAAAAUAGUGAGAUCAAAUCAAAUGGCAUAGCAAACAUUGCAAGACAUAGGACUUAUCAAAAAUCAUUGCUAAAUGACUUAUCCAACAAAGGAAAGCAUUCUGACAUUAUUUCUGAAUUUAUCAGCAGAGAAAUCCAGUAUUCAGGUAUAGCUUCUUCACCAGUUCAUCUGCAUGGCAAUCUCAAAAUGGAAAAUAAACAUGGAGUGCUGUUUUUUGAGUUCAAGGUGAAGUGCCCUGAAGAUGUGUUUGUGGCCAAGACAUGGAGAACAGGUAAUGCUUUCAACUGGGUGUAUACUUUUCACUCAAUUGAUAAUAGAAAGAAGAGCAAUGCCAAUGGGUUGGGAUCCCAUGAUUUUGACAAAGAUUCCUCAAUAGUAGCACAGAUGCUAGUUUCCUGUAAUUUAGGUUCUGAACUAGAAGACAAAGUAUUUGACAACUCUAUGGUGACAGAAUUUGUGUUGUAUGAUUUUACACACUCAAGGCAGAGUGUUUCGCGUGAAAAAAAGUCUUUCUGUGAACUAGAUGGUUCUAAAACUCCAAAAGCUUCCCAUGUUGGAUUGAAGGAGGAAACUUUGGGGCUGGAUGGGAACCAUGUGGUCAAAAAUAAACUUCAAGACAAGCCUCUAUCAAGCAGUGUUGAAUUUGAUGAUUUAAAUUCUUAUCCUUACCUGUCCACUGAAUGCUAUCCAAACCUUGAAAUUGCUGCCAUUGUCUUGCAAAUUCCGUUUUCUAAGAGAGAAAGCUUGAAGUACAAAAGAGGAGAAAGAAAAAGUGCUAAAGAAUGUUCCAACAGAAGUGAUCUCUCUGCAGUAAAAGAUAGAAAAAGUCUUCAUUAUGACCAAAUCCAGGAACAGGUAAAGGUGGUAAUACCAACUGGCAAUCAUGGUUUGCCAAAUGCUGAAAGCCAGGCUCCCUCGUCAUUACUUGAUCGACUGAGGCAUGGUGGAGGUUGUGACUGUGGUGGCUGGGACAUGGCCUGUCCCCUUAUUCUUUUAGGCAAUCCUACUAUUCAAUUUGCCGAAGACUGCUCACUCAUGGAGGAACAUCAACCAUUGGAACUUUUUGUUCAGGGAGCAAAAGGAAGCAGUCCUACCUUCAGCAUGACAAGAAUUGAAGAGGGGCAUUAUGCUGUUGAUUUUCAUGCACAAUUAUCCACUUUACAAGCAUUCUCCAUCUGUGUUGCCAUUUUGCAUGGAACUUCUGCCUUCAGCAAUGCAAGUCACGAGAAAAACCAACAGUUAUCUCAGUGCAGUUCACUGAAAAUGCUACUUGAGGAGGAUGUUGAUUUCUUUUUCAAAUCAGUCACAACUGAGAAGGAGACUGGUUGCAAGAAUCAGAAAGGACUUCCUCGAUCCUAUGUGCUGAACCCGCCUUUUUCUCCUAUUGCACGCGUAUAAAGUAUAGACCUGACCAGCCCUGCUGUAGUGAUUAAAUGGAAAACACAUCAUCUAUAGCAUGUUUGGUUACACGUUGUUGACGUAGUUUCUGAUGUUUCUACCGUGCCUCCAAACACACGACUAGUUUCUUAUCUUUAUACCACCUUUAUGCCAUUGCUGCUUGGAGAAAGACAUUAUGGUCUUGGAGAUGGCCUGUGAAAAUUGGUAACAAGUGUGCGGAGGAUCUUAGUGAGGGUGGGGUUUGCAACUCUGCAUCAAUAUAUAGGUUUUGUUGCUAGACACAAUGACCUGCUUGCAGAAUCUGUUGAACACUCUGAGAAAGUGCAAUGGGGUUGGUGAUAUAUAUCUGAUAGGGAUAGCACAUUAGAGGUGUCAGAAUCAGUCUUUGUAUAAGUUCUUUUGUUCCAGUUAAGUAGGAUAGAAACCGAAAAUUGUCCAUAUUGUAUGGGAUAGUUAGAAGGGGGAUACUUUACACCCAGUAGGAAAUAGCAUAACAAUCCCUUCUCUCUUUUUUGUAUCUAUUAAGAUUCUGAAAUUAUAUAAAUGAUGGGAAGUGGAUUGGAGUAAUUUCAAGAAUUGUUAGUCUCU